AUUCUAUUCUAUUAAGGAGAGUUAACCAAUAUUUUAGGCUAGACGAACUCAUAUUUUUUGAAUACCUAAAAUUCUAAUGUUACUCUUUUUAAUAUUGAUAAUAAUAAUUUUAACUAAACUUAUCCUGAUUAUUUGAAUCUAAUAGCAAAGCUAUCUGAAAUCUAAUCAGUGUCAUUUUUCUAACUUUAAAAAUCUAUGCUCUCAAUUGUUGAUUGCGGAUUUUAAAAUUUAAUAAUAAAAAAUUUACAAAAUACUUCCCCUCUUCUAAUUAAUGACUCUACGUUUUCCACAUACUUAAUUAGUGUCAAUUAAGGAGCUCUAACAAUUGAAGAUUCUUAAUUUAUAAAUAUAAAUUAGAUAUCCUCAAAACGAGUAUUACAAUCCUAGAUUUCUCUGCUAAAUUCAGGAGCACUUAUAUCAUUAUAUUAAUCUAAAUUAUAAAUUUAAUAAUAAACAUUAUUUUAGAAAAUAAUUUGCAUGCUAUGCUUUGGUUCUAUACUUUAGUUGAACUAAACACAAUUUUUUAUAUCUGACUCUAUGUUUUUAGAAUCAAAAGCCAAUAACGGUGGUGCUAUAUCAAUUAAUGGUUUGGUUUCUAAUCUUAAUUAUAUAUAAAAUACUCAAAUGAUUGGAAAUACUGCCAUAUCAGAUGGAGGAGCUAUGCUUUUAAUAGCCUAAAAUGAUGAUGUUUUUUCUUUAACUUUGUCUAAUUGCUAAUUUACUGACAAUCAAUCUUUAAAUGGAAGUGGUGGGGCAUUAUUUAUUAACUCAGAAAAUGAAUCAACAGUACAGUAAUAGAUCAAAAUUUAUAAAACAAAUCUAUCAAAUAAUAAAGCAGUUAUCGGAGGAUGCAUUAAUAAUCUAGGUAUAAAUCCAGUUAUAGAUUCUUAAAGCAUUAUUUUGAAUAACAAGGCCAUUCUUUAUGGAGAUAAUAUCAAUUCCUAUCCUGAUCAUUUAGGUUUGAUCAUGACUACAGAUUUAAAUAAAUACUUCAAUUAGUCAACUAAUUCUUUAAUUUUAUCAAAUAUUAAAAGUGGAGCAUAAAUUCCAGAUAUAAUCUUUUAGCUAAAAGAUUAAACAGCUAAACCAAUAUUUCCAUUAGAUGCUGAUAAAAUAAUAAUUUAAGCAUAAUUUAGCAGCAAAACAAAAAAUAUAUCAAAUUAUUACAUUAGAGGAAAUUCUACAGCAUUUGUUGAUUUAAAAUAAAAAUAAUUUGUUUUUUAAGGUAUAUAAUUAAUAGGGAUUCCAAAUUCAAAAGCAAUAAUUGAGUUCAAAUCUGAUGUUAUAAAAAUUUUAAAUAAAUAAACUAAUUAAUUUGAGUCUAACUAUUCUUAUGAAUUAGAAGUUUAUUUUAGAAGUUGUAAUUAUGGUGAAGUUGAGAAUUUUUACAAUACAUAUACAGAAUGUGUUGUCUGUGACUAAGAUAAAUACUCUGUCGAUAAACAAUAAUGCUAUGCAUGUCCUUCUGGAGCAAAAUGCAAAAAUGGAAUUAUAUAUGUAAAUUAAGGAUUCUGGAGAAAAGAUGAAAGUAGUCCUCUUGUUAUAGAAUGUGUAAAUAAGCCUUCAAACUGUAUUGGAAAUACUUAUGGUAAUUAAGUAUGUUUAGAAGGUUACAUAGGACCUCUAUGUGAAUAAUGUGAUAUUUAUGGAAGCUAUUGGGGAGAGAGUUAUUCUAAAAUUGGAUCUUAUUAAUGUGCGUAAUGUAAAGAAUUGAGUGCUUUAUUGUUGAAAGCAAUUUUAAUAGUAAUCUGGACUUUAUUUUCAAUUCGACUUGCCGUAAAAGGAGACUUAGAGGAAUAAACAAUAAAUGCUUUUUAAGUAGCUCUGAAAAGACACUUAUCAAAGAAUAAUCAAAGCACUUCCUUAAAAGGGACUAAAUAUUAAUCUAAAUUAAUUGUCAAAUAUGAUAACCAAAAAGAUAGAAAAUCUCGAAAUGGAGAAAAAGCUAGUGUUUAUAUUAAAGUAUUCGUUAACUAUUUACAAAUAAUAGGAUCAAUUAUUACUUUCAAUAUAAAAAUAACUACAGAUAUAUUUGAUACUUCAUAGUAUUUAGGAGCACCUGUAAGAUAAUAAAUGAAUUCUGCUGAAUGUAUAUUAAAAGAUAUAUAAACAGAUAUACCAAUGAUAUAUCUUAAACUACUAUUUACUCUCACAGUUCCAAUUGGCUAUUUAAUGGUGUUUAUACUUAGCUUAAUUUUAUAAAGGCCUGAUUUAGUUUCUCAAAUGAUAGCUAUUCUUUCAUGUAGGGUAAUUGGAGAUUCUAAGUAUAAAAGCCAAAACUAUUAUUGGGAAUUCGUGAAAAUUUUAGAAAAAAUUUUAAUCAUUAUAAUUCUUAACUUCUAUUCCCAAGAAACUAAUGUUAAAGGAGUGCUAAUUUUUAUGGUGAUUUCUCUCUAUGGGAUAGCAUCUAGUGUUUUAUAACCCUAUCGUUUGAGCGGCAAUAAUCCGUUCAAUUAUUACAGUUAUUAUAGGACUUUUAAUAUGCUUGUUCAAAAGUUUCAAAAAUAAAAAUUAAAUCCUUAAUUGAAAGCUAAAAUAAAAAGAAUUUUUUAAGAAUUUUUAAAACUUAGUGAAGAGCAAAAGUAUGAUCUUUUAUUCUCUGGCUUAAAGAUAUAAAUAAGUAAAAAUCAUAAAAGACUAUUUAAAGAUUAGUAGAUUAAUUAGACUGUUAAAUAAAAUAAACUAAAUGACUUAGCUACAGAAAAUUAACAAAAAUAAAACUCUGAAGGCGAUUACUUUGAUUAAGAAAAUAUGAAUAGCCCAAAUACUGUAUAUACCAACAAGAUAAACUAAUCUCCUAUUUUUUUAUAAUUCGAAGAAUUAAUUUUAGUAACGGAUGAGAAUGAGAGUUAAAAAGAUAAAGAGGAUAACUCUAAUAAAUGA